UGGCACGCGACCAUGCAUGCCCCUCGUCUUUUGUUGUUUCUUUAUUCUAUAUCCCCUCUUCACAUUUAAAAUCCGUCUGUUGAACCUCAUUCCUGGCCUUGACUCCUGCAGCUGGAAUCGGCUAUAGGAGCUUCCCCACAUUGGGGCGCCGUCGAUUCCUUCCGUCGAUCAUUCUGAAAAUCCGCGGUGCAUGCUUAUCGACGGCUCGGAAAGGGGCGUCGUCAGUUAAAUGGCAGCGGUCAAGGCGUCCGACUUGCUCAAUAGCAUCCCAUCCUUACGGGACAAGGAAUAUGAUUCAUAUUCUUGGGAAUUACUCGAAGAUCAUCCGCUUCGGUCCCAUCCUAAUGAAUGUAUUCCCGGCUUGUCCUCCUACGUAGCUAGGUAUUGGGCUAUAUUGAAGCGACGAUGGACGGAACGCAUCUUCCCACUAGUUUGCCUAUUUCUGAUGUUCCUGAUUGUAAUCCAGUUUCUAGCGGCGCUACCAUAUGGGCUCACAUACAUCGUUUUCCGUAGUGGAAUUGAGGAACAUCAAGGCUUUGUUCAAUGGCCUACUGAGUUCAGCCGGGAACCAAGUACCUGCAUCCUUUACAAACCACAGGCACAUGAUGCUAUCCAGUAUGCUAUAGAUGCUGGAUGCUCGGGGGUUAAGGUGGAUCUUCAGGCACAGGAAGGUAGGCUUCUCGUGGACAGUCUAGCGUCAGAUCGAGAGGUGUCAGAGACACUGGAGGAUUUGUAUCUUAACCCUUUACGGAAGAAACUGGAUGCCAGAAACCCUGCGGUAAUUUAUCCAGCAUCUACUGACGCGAGUAGCCCAAUUGGUCUCUUUGAUGAAGACCCAGUACAGCCUUUUACGCUGUUUCUGGAGCUACACACUUCGGCACUUGCGGCAUGGCCGCAUCUAGUUUCGCAGCUCAUGUCGCUGAAACAAAAGGAUUACCUUUCCUAUCGGAACGGAACACGCGUUAUCCCCCGCCCUGUUACCAUCGUCCUUACAGGUUUGGAAGGCCUAGACUUCGGCGGUGGGGAUAGAUCCGACCAUGACAACGUCAAUGAAAGUAUGAUGUUUGAUACCUCGCUAGAGCAAUUAUUGAAGGAGGAUUACGGUUCUGUCUUGAAAGUAUCCCAGUCCUCCUAUAAAGUCAGAGGGGGCAAUUCUGCUCAACCCGAGGCGGACACAGAAAACAGUCUAAAUCAGCAUCACGAGUCAUCGUAUCGACUCCUCACUGCGACCGCGAACUUCACCCGAUCAAUCGGCUUCCCUCAUCGUGGCGGUCGGUUCUCUUCGCAACAGAUCGAGCGCGUUCGCGCCCAAGUGCGAGCCGCUCACCGGCGCGGUCUUCGCGCGCGAUAUUCGGGGACCUCAGGUUAUUCACCACCAGUGCGGCGGAUGAUCUGGCGAAUUUUGGUCCGCGAGGGUGCGGAUAUGAUUGAGAUUGACGGGAGAGGAUGUGAAAUUCCUUGGUGGAGGCGAUUCUUUGUCGGCGGAGGCCUGGAAUGCCGCGGUCGGAAGGGAGAUACCGAUAACGUAUAGCUUUGCAGUAUAAUUUUGGCAGUAGACGAUGAUAAUGACGUACGCGUGAGUGUAUGACAUAUUCAUUUAUAUCAUUACGAAUGAAAGGUUUAAAUAAGUGCAAC